CGCACAAGUAACGCAAGGACUAAUUAUAUUUUUCUAUAAUUAGUUCAAUAAUACCCAAAACAAACACUUGUAUUUAUUAGUAGUUGUCACAAUUAUUGUUGUAAAUAUGAAUUUUCGCCUUGCGCAAAUUUUCUGGAUGUAUUAUCAAAUCAGGAAAAGUAUCAAGAAAUAAACCGCCUUGUAUUUUAAGUCAAUAGAUACUUUGCUCAUCUACAUUUUUCAACAUACAUAUUUUCUAACAAGAAUGGUCAUACUCUUUUUUUUGUUCAUAGGUGAUAAUUAAUGGUAUUAAUACUGUCAUUAUUCCAUAGUCACGCACAUGUAUUAUAGUUGUGGAAAUUCAUUGCGCACGCCAAAAUUACAGAUAUGGCCUCUUCCAUUUAAUUUAUAUGUUCUACACAGCCACCAUCCAAAACAAUCCACCUACUUCCCAAUUUUAAAAGUAGUCCAUUUUUCUUAAAUACGAGAGAGAGAGAGAUUGAUGUCCAAAUUUAAAAGUAACACACACACACACACACACACACACAAAAUCACAGUUAUAUAUAGAUAUCCAAAAACACACAAAAUUUGAUUUGUUAGAAGCUUAGAGUGAGUCUCAUCUCAUGCAAUAAAGCAAAGAUGGGAAAUUCUAUUGCAUGCUUCUCUCUCUCGAAAUCUCCAGCAAAGGAGCUUCUCCCUCCAUGGAUUGCCCCCUCGGCUCCCCACAGAAGAUCAAGAAAAUCGACAUCGUCGUCGUCUUCUUCCCCGGCCAAGAAAACCUCGGACUUGUUGGACGAAUCCUAUAUUAAGCAGCAAGCUCAGAUUGCUUCCAUGCUCUACCACCAUCACUUGCAAAACAAUGGAGCUGAUCUUCUUCUCCACUUAGACCGCUCCGUUUCCACCAAGAAUCCACCUCCUUCUUCCUCUUCCAAGAAGCUUCCUAGGCGAUCACGCUCUGUUUCCAGUUCUACCCCUCUCUCUUCUUUACACCUCCCUAAUCUCCAGGAUGCUGCAAAAAAUGAUGGUCAAGAGAAGAAGCAUUUUGUGCUGGUUCAUGGUGGAGGUUUUGGGGCAUGGUGUUGGUACAAAAUCAUAGCCCUUUUGAAAGAAGCCAAAUGUGAAGUUGAUGCCAUAGACCUCACUGGCUCUGGGGCUAACUUUUGUGACGUAACUUCCAUCAAAACUAUACCUCAAUAUGCCAAACCUCUCAUUGAUUUCCUAGCAAAUCUUGCUGAUGACAAAGAGGUGAUUUUGGUUGGGCAUGAUUUAGGUGGAGCUUGUAUAUCUUAUGCAAUGGAGAUGAGUCCUAGCAAAGUUUCAAGAGCUGUGUUUGUUGCUGCAACUAUGCUGAGCAAUGGCCAGAGUGCCCUUGAUGUCUUCUCCAAACAGUCGGGCUUAACUGAGAUGAACCAACGUGCUCAGAAGUUCGUAUAUGCAAACGGGGAGAAACAGCCGCCAACUGCCAUGGACUAUGACAAAUCCCUGCUCGAAGAUUUCUUGUUCAACCGGACUCCAUCAAAGGAUGUGGCAUUAGCAUCAGUAUCCAUGAGGGCUGUGCCGUUUGCACCAGUGACAGAGAAGCUCUGCCUUUCUGCAGAAAAGUAUGGUUCUGUCCCAAGAUUUUAUGUCAAGACAGACGACGAUUUCGCCAUUCCUGAACCACUGCAGGAGGCGAUGAUACAGUCGGAUCCACCUAAGCAAGUCUUUCAGCUCAAAGGCACGGAUCAUUCGCCUUUUUUCUCGAAGCCUCAGGCACUGCUCAGGCUUCUAUUAGAGAUAUCAAACAUCCCACAAGUAAGGCAGGGGAAGCAGGAUUAGAAGGCGUCAACGCCUCCCAUUUUUUGUUUUGGUUGCAGCCAUUGAUUGUAAUUAGAUCAUGCGACACUCUCUACUGUCAUUUCACAAUAAACUCUGGAAUUGAACAAAAAAUAUUUCAUAGAAAA